AUCAUAGUUCAUGCUAUCGUUGAUGUGGUGUGGAGAAUAAGAAUUUUCCUUGAGGCUUUGGGAGAAGACUGGCAACAUAAAGAAAGAGAAUUUUCUGGCUUGGAAACUGGUUUGAGAAGUCUUCAAGGAUUGUCUUUGCAGAUUCAGCUUAUAUGUGACCACAGGCAUGAAGUCUGUCCUGUCUGCCAGUGGCCUAUAAUAGAGCAGCCGUGGGCUCCAGCCAGCUGCAGGUAUACAGAAGACUGCUGCAGACUGAUCCCAAAGGCAGUGUUUCUGCUGUCUGCUCAUCCACUGACUGUGUUUACUCUUACCUGAGCAGGGAUGGAAGUGAAACAUUCUCAAAGAAAGGAAUUUAAAAUGUGUCCUAGAGAUGGAAAAGUAAAUAAAACUCACCCAUAAUUUCAUCACCCAGGAUUCUGGGAAAGGUAUGUGCAGAUAAAAAUUAAAAAAGACAAGGAACUGCAACCUGAUUAUGAAUUUGGAAAAAAGAUUACUCAACACACAAAGGGAAAAGUAAACUGGUUGACAGCCCUCUGGAAAGAUGCCCUUUUGCUACAAUCUAAUUAAUAUUUCCUGUGUGAAAAACAACUGGUCAAAUGAUGUCCGUGCUUCCCUGUACAGUUUAAUGGUGCUCAUAAUUCUGACCACACUGGUUGGCAAUCUGAUAGUUAUUAUUUCUAUAUCACACUUCAAGCAACUCCACACUCCGACUAAUUGGCUCAUUCAUUCCAUGGCCACUGUGGACUUUCUUCUGGGGUGCUUGGUCAUGCCUUACAGCAUGGUGAGAUCUGUUGAGCAUUGUUGGUAUUUUGGAGAAGUCUUCUGUAAAAUUCACACCAGCACCGACAUUAUGCUGAGCUCAGCAUCCAUUUUCCACUUGUCUUUCAUCUCCAUUGACCGCUACUAUGCUGUGUGUGAUCCAUUGAGAUAUAAAGCCAGGAUCAGUAUCUUGGUUAUCUGUGUGAUGAUCUUCAUUAGUUGGAGUGUCCCCGCUAUUUUUGCAUUUGGAAUGAUCUUUCUGGAGCUAAACUUCAAAGGAGUUGAAGACAUAUAUUACGAACAUGUUCACUGCAGAGGAGGUUGCUCUGUCUUCUUUAGCAAAAUAUCUGGGGUACUGGCCUUUAUGACGUCUUUCUGCAUACCUGGAUCUAUUAUGUUAUGUGUCUAUUACAGAAUAUAUCUUACAGCUAAAGGGCAGGCAAGAUCAAUUAAUGAUGGCAAUCAGAAGCUCCAAAUUGGAUUGGAAAUGAAAAAUGGAAUUUCACGGAGCAAAGAAAGGAAAGCUGCGAAGACACUGGGGAUUGUGAUGGGAGUUUUCCUGGUGUGCUGGUGCCCUUUCUUUGUCUGUAUAGUGAUGGACCCUUUUCUGCACUACACUAUUCCACCUGCUUUGAACGAUGUAUUGAUUUGGUUUGGCUACUUGAACUCUACAUUUAAUCCAAUGGUUUAUUCAUUUUUCUAUCCCUGGUUUAGAAAAGCACUGAAGAUGAUUCUGUUUGGUAAAAUUUUCCAAAAAGAUUCAUCUAGGUGCAAUUUAUUUUUGGAAUAGAAUUAGUGGAAUUAUUAUAUUUUACUGUUUUGCAAAUCAGUUGAUGAUCGUAUUUAUGAACACAACAUAACCAACCCCAUGCACCAACCACAUGGAUUUUUAUUCAGUUACUUGAGUCAAAGUAUGUAUGGUGAGUUAAAUUAUGAUGCUUAUAGGUAAUUUCCUAUUUGGGACACAGCAGGUAUAAUCUUUUCCAUUCUUACUGCCUUAUUCCAGCUUUGCCUUAAAUCCAGCAUUUAAGGGACUACCUUUUAUAUAACUUCUCCUGCCCUUAGAAGAACUGCCAUGAGUUUAUAGUGGUACCUUAGUCAGCUAUUCAGUGGUGGAAACGAUAAGGUUGAAUUUGAGAAUGCAAAUUAGAAUGAUUUUGUCAGAUAUUUAUACACGUCCUUGUCACAUAUAUGUAUAUGUCUUUUGUAAAAUCAACUAAAAGUACACACAUUAAAUGCUACUGCUAAAUAAUUGUUGAUAUAAUUUAUUUAUAUUGUUAAUAUAUAUACCAAUCCUUAAAUAUCUUGAUCUUCAUAUUUUAAAGUAUGUUUUUCUG